CAGUCCACUAGAGGCGCUAUAAUAAACCUGAACGUUGUUGAUCAACCAGCUCAAUUCAGGGAAGAAGAAGAAGAAGAAGAAGAAGGAGCUGCAGCAGCUGAUUCGUUUCUACUGAAGUGAACAACAUAUGUUUAAUAAUGGAAUCGGCAGCAGUGAGACACGUCGCUCCUGUAGAUCUACAACAUGAAGAAUUCCAGAAGAUUCUAAUAAAAAAGGAAGAAGAUGAAGAUGAAAGUUUCUUCUGUGAAGGAACCUCAAUCCCCGAGGAACACGUCACAUCUGAGGAACACCUCACCCCAGUGGAUCAACAGUGUGGAGGUUUCCAGAUGAAGCCUGUGAAGAAGGAGGAACCUGAAGAUACAGAUGAACUCAAAAUGAAGAACGAUUCCUCCUGCUCCUCGUCUCCACCUUCCUGUACGACCCAAAAUCAGCUCCACAAUCACAUCAAGAGCUGCAGUGAUGAUAAAUAUGAUGAUGCGCUGGUGAAAUCUGAGACUGAACUUGAGGAUCUGACGCCCACCAGAAGCUCCAGUAAUCAGCAAACGUCCUCUGAUCCUGUCAGCAAUAACACGUCUCACCAGGGGAAACAGCAAGAAGGAAACGUCUGCUCACAUUGUGGGAAGAGCUUCAGGUUCCAGAGUGCUCUCAGAAUACACCAGCGCAUUCACACUGGAGAGAAACCGUAUUACUGCUCAGUUUGUGGGAGGAACUUUAGGUUUCAGAGUGCUCUCAAAAUCCACCAGCGCAUUCACACUGGUGAGAAACCGUAUCAGUGCUCGCAAUGUGGAAAGAGGUUUACUCAACAAAGCAAUCUUAAAGAACACCAGCGCAUUCACACUGGAGACAAGCUGUAUCAGUGCUCACAGUGUGGGAAGAGUUUCAACCAACACAUUCAUCUCAAAGAACACCAGCGCAUUCACACUGGUGAGAAACCGCAUCACUGCUCACAGUGUGGGAAGAGUUUCAAUCAACAGAGUGCUCUCAAAACACACCAGCGCAUUCACACUGGUGAGAAACCGUAUCCGUGUUCUCAGUGUGGGAAGAGGUUUGCUCAACAAGGUAAUCUUAAAGAACACCAGCGCAUUCACACGGGAGAGAAACCGCAUCAGUGUUCACAGUGUGGAAAGAGUUUUAAGCAUCAUAGACAUCUCAAAAUCCACCAGCGCAUUCACACUGGAGAGAAACCGCAUCAGUGCUCUCAAUGUGAGAAGAGUUUUAAUAAACCGAGUGAUCUCAAGAUCCACCAGCGCAUUCACACUGGAGAGAAACCGUAUCAGUGCUCACAGUGUGGGAAGAGUUUUAUUAAACAGAGCUCUCUGAAGAGACACCAGCGCAUUCACACGGGAGAGAAGCCGUAUCAGUGUUCACAGUGUGGAAAGAGUUUCAAUACACUGAGUGAUUUCAAGAUCCACCUGCGCAUUCACACUAGAGAGAAGCCGUAUCAGUGUUCGCAGUGUGGAAAGACUUUUACUCAUCAGAGUAAUUUUAAAAAUCACCAGCGCAUUCACACCGGAGAGAAACUGUAUCAGUGCUCGCAGUGUGAAAAAAGUUUUAUUCAUCGGAUUCAUCUUAAAGAACACCAGCGCAUUCACACGGGAGAGAAACCAUAUCAGUGCUCACAGUGUGGGAAGGCUUUCAGUCGGCAGGGUGACCUCAGAAUCCACCAGCGCAUUCACACUGGAGAGAAACCGUUUCAUUGCUCGCAGUGUGGAAAGAGUUUUAAUCAACAGAGUAAUCUCAAGAUCCACCAGCGCAUUCACACCGGAGAAAAACCCUAUCAGUGCCCACAGUGUGGAAAGAGUUUCAAUACACAGAAUCAUUUCCAAAUCCACCAGCGCAUUCACACGGGAGACAAACCGUAUAUGUGCUCAUUGUGUGAGAAGAGUUUUAAUCAACAGAGUAAUCUUAAAAGACACCAGCGCAUUCACACUGGAGAGAAGCCGUAUCAGUGCUCACAGUGUGGGAAAUAUUUAGCUUAUUCAUCAACCCUUAAGAAACACAAGUGUGACACAUCAAAUUCUACCAAAUAAACUAACGGUUUAAUUAUUUAUAUUUCAUUACCAACACAAUCACAAACUGUCCUUAUUUACGUAGCAGCGAUUGUAAUGAUGUUUAGCAUGUAAAUAAAGUCCUGUGUGUGUU